GAUUAGUUUUUGAAGAUUCCCAAGUUUUCAAAGUUAAUAGUAUUUUUAAAUCCCUAUGAAUAUUGGGCAGGGAGGUUUCCUUGGAAACAGCCUGGUCAGAAAGGUCAAGGAGAUGAUGGGCAGAGAGGUUAACUGCUUUAGCCACCACCAGAAUUACACUCUCUUGGAAUAAUAUUUCUUAACCCUGCCUGAACAUUUGAAUCACUGGAGGGUGGGCAAAAUCCAACCACUGGCUGGGCCCACCCUAAAUUAAUUACAUCAACUUCUGCAGGUAAGGCUCAAGCAUCAGUAUGUUUUCAAAACUCCUCAGAAGAUUCUAAUUCCCAGCCAGGGUUCAGAACUACUCAUGUAGCGAUUUACUAAAUAAAACUGAUUUAAUGCUUUUUAAAAAAUGAGGUUUCUGAGUUUGUUUUGCUUUCCUCACAUCACUGACAAAUAUCAAAAUGCAUUCAAACUUCCUUUGCUCUGAAGAUCCAAGGUUCAGUGCAGUUUUCAUCAUUAAACAAAGUAAGCCCUGGGUUCAAGCUAUGUAAUGGAAAGAUAAUGGGACUUCUCAUCCCUAGCCAACCAUCUCUGAGAUUCAAGUGUGGGAUACAAAGAUAGCUGGAGUAAACCAAGAUCUCAUUUUCUUCCAACUCUAGACUCUAGUAGUUUGUAUCAGUAUCGUUAUUUUUACUUCAAAUUUGAGGAAAUUCUGGGAAUUGCUAACAUCCCAGAGGGGGAAAAAAAACCCAAAGGAGACUGAUUUCUCCCAUUCUGCCUAAUUGUGGUAACCAAUAUGAAUAUAUUGAUCCCUGGGUAUAAUCCAAUUACCUCUGGAAAGUUCUCGCCCUAUUUUUGGAAACUAGGGAUUUUCCAGAUUAGUGUGAACUGUGGCCAUGCCACUGACUCAGGCCUGAGUUUCGCAAGCGAACAGGCAAAAGCAGCCUCUCUCCCGGGCAUUAUGAAGCCUUCGCUUUACUUCGAUACCACGGGGAAUUACCUGCUCAUCUGAGAGCUUUUUGGGGGGAACCAAUGUAGUUCACAUUCGUGUUGUCUAAAAAUACCGUAAAGCAGCCCUCUCCACAGAUUCCUUGCGGGUCACUUUAAAUUACAAAUUCGUCCGAGCACGACAGCAGAGUAACUGCUUCUGCCCGCCAAUGCGGGCGAAGGUCGGCCCUAAGUUUCCCUUUGUACCCGCUGAACUGCGCCGCGCAAAUGCUGAAAGUUAGGAGAGGGCGAGAGACGGAAGCAAAGAGACGCACGUUCUAGACAAACCACCGAAAUCGCGCAGAGAUUAGAGCAAAUUCUGCCAAUACUACCUUGGGGAUAAAGUAGCUUGUAAAGCUCCCUUCUUUAUACUUGUGGCAAAUACUAUUAAAAACGCGGCGGCUAAAACCUGUUUUAGGUAAAGAGACGGCCUCCUCGACCUCUCCGGGGCCCCAGCCGAGAGGUCUCCCGAUGACAGGAGGGUCCCACACUGCGGCCCGCGGCACCAGCCGCGGCGCAGGCCUAGGGGAGGCCUGAAGGGACUAGUUGGCGCGCACCAGCGGGGCGUGGUGACGUCAGGGCGGAAGCGCACGCUGCGUGAAGCGGCCCAGAACCCGGCGGUCACGGGAAUAUCCGUCGCGCCGAGGACGCUGGUUAGUCUCGCUCCGGGUUCCGGCUGCGUUGGGCGUGCGUGCAGCUCGCUGAGACUAUGGCGUCCGGGCCUCACCCGACCGCGACCGCUGCCGCCGCCGCCUCGUCGGCCGCCCCGAGCGCGGGCGGCUCCAGCUCCGGGACGACGACCACGACGACGACCACGACGGGAGGGAUCCUGAUCGGCGACCGCCUCUACUCGGAAGUUUCGCUCACCAUCGAUCACUCGCUGAUUCCGGAGGAGCGGCUUUCCCCUACCCCGUCCAUGCAGGACGGGCUCGACCUGCCCAGCGAGACCGAUUUGCGCAUCCUGGGCUGCGAGCUCAUCCAAGCCGCCGGCAUUCUCCUCCGGUUGCCGCAGGUGGCGAUGGCAACGGGGCAGGUGUUGUUUCAUCGUUUUUUCUACUCCAAGUCUUUCGUCAAACACAGUUUCGAGAUCGUUGCCAUGGCUUGUAUUAAUCUUGCAUCAAAAAUUGAAGAAGCACCUAGAAGAAUAAGAGAUGUGAUUAAUGUAUUUCACCAUCUGCGCCAGUUAAGAGGAAAAAGGACUCCAAGCCCCCUGAUCCUUGAUCAGAACUACAUUAACACCAAAAAUCAAGUUAUCAAGGCAGAGAGGAGGGUGCUAAAGGAGUUGGGAUUUUGUGUUCAUGUCAAGCAUCCCCAUAAGAUCAUUGUUAUGUAUUUACAAGUCUUAGAAUGUGAACGUAAUCAAACCCUGGUUCAGACUGCCUGGAAUUAUAUGAAUGACAGUCUUCGAACCAAUGUAUUUGUUCGAUUUCAACCAGAGACUAUAGCAUGUGCUUGUAUCUACCUUGCGGCUAGAGCUCUUCAGAUUCCAUUACCAACUCGUCCCCAUUGGUUUCUUCUUUUUGGUACUACAGAAGAGGAGAUCCAGGAAAUCUGCAUAGAAACGCUUAGGCUUUAUACCAGAAAAAAGCCAAACUAUGAAUUGUUGGAAAAAGAAGUAGAGAAAAGAAAAGUAGCCUUACAAGAAGCCAAAUUAAAAGCAAAGGGGUUGAAUCCCGAUGGAACUCCAGCCCUUUCAACCCUUGGUGGAUUUUCUCCAGCCUCUAAACCAUCAUCACCAAGAGAAGUGAAAGCUGAAGAGAAGUCACCAAUCUCCGUUAAUGUGAAGACUGUCAAGAAAGAACCUGAGGACAGACAACAGGCUUCCAAAAGCCCUUACAAUGGUGUAAGAAAAGACAGCAAGAGAAGUAGAAAUAGCAGAAGUGCUAGUCGAUCAAGGUCAAGAACGCGAUCACGUUCUAGAUCACAUACUCCAAGAAGACAUUAUAAUAAUAGGCGGAGCCGAUCUGGAACAUACAGCUCAAGAUCAAGAAGCAGGUCACGCAGUCACAGUGAAAGCCCAAGAAGACAUCAUAAUCAUGGUUCUCCUCAUCUUAAGGCCAAGCAUACCAGAGAUGACUUAAAAAGUUCAAAUAGACAUGGUCAUAAAAGGAAAAAAUCUCGUUCUCGAUCUCAGAGCAAGUCUCGGGAUCACUCAGAUGCUGCCAAGAAACACAGGCAUGAAAGGGGACAUCAUAGGGACAGGCGUGAAAGGUCUCGCUCCUUUGAGAGGUCCCAUAAAGGCAAGCACCAUGGUGGCAGUCGCUCAGGACAUAGCAGGCACAGGCGCUGACUUUCUUCCUUUGAGCCUGCAUCAAUUCCUGGUUUUGCCUAUCUACAGUGUGAUGUAUGGACUCAUAAUCAAAAACAUUAAAAGCAAACUGAUUAGGAUUUGAUUUCUUAAAACCCUCUAGGUCUCUAGAAACACUGAGGACAUUUUCUUUUGGAAAGAACUAUGUUUUUUUGUUUUGUUUUCUUGUUUGUUUUUUUUUCUUUUUGGUUUUUGUUUUUGGGGGUUUUUUUGCACAUUAAAAUGCCCUAGCAGUAUCUAAUUGAAAACCAUGGUCAGGUUCAAUUGUACUUAUUAUAGUUGUGUAUUGUUUAUUGCUAUAAGAACUGGAGCGUGAAUUCUGUAAAAAUGUAUCUUAUUUUUAUACAGAUAAAAUUGCAGACACUGUUCUAUUUAAGUGGUUAUUUGUUUAAAUGAUGGUGAAUACUUUCUUAACACUGGUUUGUCUGCAUGUGUAAAGAUUUUUACAAGGAAAUAAAAUACAAAUCUUGUUUUUUCUAAA